AUGUCGCUGCUACACGACACCGACCCCCGGCCGCGCAUGCCUUCACCCCAGCCCAGCUUCGCUCGCAUGACGGCCGCUAUCAACAUUCCCAGCUCGCGAGGCAGCCCGGCCAUGACACCCUCGUACCUCAAUGGCUCCCUCCAGUCGACUCCCGAGGGCAUGGUCCCCAUCUCGUCCUCGCUACCCGCCAUACCUUCCUACAACCUGCCCGAGUCGCUCCUCCCUCCACCAUUGUCGUCACCGCCAACCUCGUCCCCGUCUGCCAUGGCCGAGGCCCUGGGAAAGGGACCAGGGCUUAUUCGAAGAGUUAGCCGAGGUGCACAGGGAAUCCCAAACAGGUUCCGACGGGGCAAUUCAAGUGCACGCGACAAAAGCUCAGGGCCCGUCAUGAUGCGCCGGCGCAGUGACAGCAGGGCUGCCGCCGACGCCGAUACUGGCAUCUCGGACUUUGAUACCUUCGAAGAGGAGGAAGCCGUCGAGGACUUUCAAGACCCCAUCAUUGCCCUGGGCAUCUCCAACCACACACCGAGCUUCAGCUCAAUACCAGACUCGGCCGUCGUAGCCCCUGUACGCAACUCCCGCCUGGAGCAGGGCACCGUGCUGAGGAAAUUCACAAAGAAGGAGAAAAAGGACAUCAACUUGCGCCUCGAUAUGGAAUCGGCCAAAGUAUUCUGGGACCCUUCACGGCCCUCCAAGUGCUUCUACAUUGACGAUGUCCGAGAGAUUCGCUCAGGCCCAGAGGCCAAGCACUACCGCGAGGAGUGCGGCGUUUCGGAGAACUGGGCACCCUAUUGGUUCACCAUCGUCUACACGGACACUACCCGCUCCAAGGGCCGGAUAAAAACAAUGCAUCUGACCGCACCUGACAUUGGUGUGUUCAAUAUGUGGACCCGGACCCUCGACUCUGUAUCCCGCAACCGUAUCGACAUGAUGGCAGGCCUGCUUGGCUUUGCCGACAAGAGCACCAAGCUCGUCUGGCAACGCGCGAUGAAGAAGCGUGGUGAAGGCGACGAGUCACUGGAUUUCCCGAGUACCGUCGAGCUCUGCCGCAGCCUGCACAUCAACUGCACCGAGGUUACACUGCGCGCCUACUUUGAAAAAGCCGACACCCUCCAGACAGGCAAGUUGAACCAGUCACAGUUCCUGUACUUUGUACGACGCCUCAAGGAACGCAAGGAUAUCAAAGAAAUAUACAAGUCCUUCACUCCUGGACCGAAGGUGGAAAUGGACAAAGUCUCCUUCUUCUCUUUCCUGCAGCGUGAGCAGGGCGUCAACGUAAAUGCAGAUCUCGAGUCAUGGACAGCUACCUUCGAGAAGUUUGCGCGCGCAACCAAACCCAAAGCCACCCCAACAGACGGUGGCGAGACCUCAUUACCGGUGACCAUGAACUUUCCCGCCUUCCAAACGUACCUUACGUCACCUGCAAACUCUAUCAUCAAACCUGUCAGCUUGGAGCACAGGCUUGAUCGACCAUUAAACGAGUACUACGUUUCUAGCUCGCACAACACGUACCUACUCGGCCGACAGGUUGCAGGCGAGUCGAGCACCGAGGCGUACAUCACUGCGCUUCAGAAAGGCUGCAGAUGCCUUGAGAUUGAUUGUUGGGAUGGCGCAGGUAACGAACCAGUUGUAAUGCACGGCCGAACCUUGACCAAGAGCAUCUUGUUUCAAGACACCAUCAAAGUCAUCAAGAAGUAUGCCUUUACGGAAUCUCCCUACCCGGUCAUUCUCUCGCUCGAGGUGCACUGCUCUGCUCCCCAACAGGAGCGAAUGGUCCAGAUCAUGAUGGUAGAGUUCGGAGAGAAGUUGGUCAUGCAGCCGCUGGACUUUGAAUCACAAGUCCUGCCAUCCCCAGAGGAGCUGAAGCAUCGCAUCCUCAUCAAAGUCAAGGCCGCUGCUGGUGAGGACUUGGACACCAGAGCGCUGCUAGGCGAGCUAUCAACCCGGAGGCAGCGCAGUUUCAGCUCGCCAUGGUCUCGUCCCGUGUUGAUGAACGACAAUGUCAUCCCAAACUCGCCUCUGCUCUCAAGCCCUCCAUCCAUGAGUCCGCCAGAGCGCACAGCAUCAUUCUGGGCAUCACCACGCACGUCGACCACAUCUACCAACAACACGAUGCCAACCUCCACGGUUGUCAGCUCAGCUGAAGACAGUGAUAGUCCUCAUGUAACUGCAGCAGAAGCAGCAGAUGAUCGAAAGAAGCCCAAGAAGACCAAGACCAAUAACAUCACCAAAGAUCUCGGUAACCUUGGUGUUUACACAAGAGGAGUCAAGUUUACGGACUUUGGCUGCAGUGACGCCAACUCAUUCAAUCAUGUCUUUUCGGUAAACGAGCGCGCCUUCGAGAAGCUCACCAGACCCGGAGCUCGCGAAAAGUAUCUACUCGAGGAGCACAACAUGCGUUGUCUCAUGCGUGUUUACCCACACGCCUUUCGAAUCAACUCGUCAAAUUUCGACCCGCUCAAGUUCUGGCGCCGUGGGGUUCAGAUGGCUGCACUCAACUGGCAGACGUAUGACCUCGGCCAGCAGCUGAACGAAGCCAUGUUUUCUGGCGGCGACGACCGCACAGGCUACGUGCUCAAGCCUGCCGCACUCCGCCUCGAGUCACAGAUUCCAGUGAUUGGUCAUAGGAAGGCGCCCAAGAAACAAGUCAAGUUCACUGUGCAGAUCAUCUCCGCCCAACAGCUACCGCGCCCUCGGGGUCUCGGGCAAGAAGCAAACAUCAACCCCUAUGUCGAGUUUGAGAUGUACUGCGCAGAGGAUGUGGGCGCAAACGCCACUGGCGUUGGUGGGCAGGACGCUUCUGCGCGCAAUGGCCACUCCGGAAUUGGCAAUCCUUUGCGGAAGCGAACACGCAUUGUUGAGGGCAACGGCUACAAUCCCGAAUUUGGCAACGAAAUCGACAUGACGGUGACCACAAGGUACCCAAGUCUCGUCUUUGUGCGAUGGACUGUUUGGAAUUCGCUCGAUGCUCGAACCACCAACCAUGCCCCUUUGGCUACCUUCACGGCCAAGCUCGACAGCAUUCAGCAGGGCUUCCGCCACCUUCCGCUCUUCGACUGUAAUGGCGAGCAGUAUCUGUUCUCGACUCUAUUUUGCAAGGUCAAGAAACAGGAUAUUGUCGAUGCGCCAGAAGCCACUCUCCAACGUGCUGGUUCGCACAGAUCGUUCCUCGACCCUGGCAGUCCUCUUCAGGAACCUGCAAACAGCAAAGCGAGCCGUAACUUUGUCAGACGCCUCAUUUCUCGGGCCCCUAGUGAGCGCAAGAAGCGAAGAGAGGUAGAACGCACGGGCAGCGAAUCUCGCGAGUCAGAUGUGGACGUCGUAAAUCGCUCAAGUACGUUUGAGCGAUAA